AAACGUAACGCGUCAAACUCUCCCUUCUCCACGAAUAAUACUUUUCUCACCUUUUAUUUUCUUCGAUUCCCCCAAUUUAUUACUCAAAAUCUCCGAUUUUUCUUCUGUUCACAAAGAAAGAUCAACCCUAGUUUCAAAUCUCACGGAGAAAUGGAGAUUUUAUCAAUCCCUGAUACUGUUAACGUCAUGUUCACCCCCACCUCACCACAAAAAAACCUAGGGUAUUCAAAAUACCUAAUCAAUCGCAGGAUUUCAUCAGGACUCUCACCGAUUGAUGCAAUCGCACCACCGAUCGUUAGGAGAAACUUGUAUAAAUCGGCACCUCGGACAUUAAUCAGAAAAAGAAGCCGAACUAGGAGAAGAUCUUUAACUGGUGGUGAUUCUGAUGACGGUGGUGACGAUGGUGCUGAAAAUGGGUUUUUUGGUGAUGAUGGUCCGUUUGGUGGGAGUGGAAGUGGCGGUGGCGGUGGCGGUGGCGGUGGCGGAAGAGGGUGGAGUUAUGGUGGUGGAUCGAAUUGGGAUGAUGAUGAAGACGAGGAACUGUUAGCGUCGGCUGAUCCAGCUUUUGAUUUUGUUUAUGAGUAAUUCUAGUCUUUCAUGAACUUUAGUUCUGCCUGCAAGAGGAAAAGAUUGUUUCUCCGCAUGCAUCUGUUAAAUCUGGGUGAAUGUACUUUUAGCAGAGGUAGGGAAUGCUGAAUUCAGAGUCUUUCUGUGGUUGUUGGGGUUAUCUAUUUCAACACAGGUGCAGUAUCAUCCAUCCGACCAGUGAUUGUUUAGAACAAGAAAUGUAUGCCAAUUUAGGCUCUUAUGUUAAUAUGUUCCUAUUGGUUUGGUUGUUUGUUGCAAGUCAAGUCAUGAAUAUGGAGUGUGGUCAUUAUCUAGGUUUAUAUUUAGUUGCCAAUUGACGCUCUUAGAGUUCUACCCCUGAUUUGAGUUGACAGAAUUGACAUGAGACUUCUCUAUACAAUUCUUGCAUUGCUCAAAAUUUUGCUUUCUCGGGUACAAUGAAAAUGUGGUAGUAUUUACUUCUCACAGGAGUGCACUUAAGGCGAUUAGUUGUUUUUGGCCUGUUAUAAGUUCC